UAUUACACUCUGUUAUAAAGAGGAGGUGUUUAUAAAGUUGGCUUCUGUUCUGUAAAGUCAUUCCCCUAGUCACUGUGGUUGGAUUAGUGUGCAGCUGCUCUUAACGUGAAUACCAACGCCAAUCCCAGAGGAGAGUGUCAGGCUUAUGUGGAAUUGAACGAGCUAAUGAAGGAGCAGGACCAGCAGGGCUACUGGCAGGAGACUGGCCGAUGGAUGGGCUAUGAAGAGAACUACAACCCUGAUGCUGGAGGAUGGGGACCCUCACACAUCUCAUACCUAACAUUCAAGAGCCUGAUCCAGCUCCGACGCACGAUGAACACAGGUGUAGUGAUGUUGGAUCGUGAAGAGAGCAGUCUAUCCAGUAUAGCUGAGAAAAUGGUGGAUGCUCUAGUCAGCAAGAAGGAAAUCAGGUCUGGUGACCGGGACGGGGUCCUCAGAGCUCUGCUGCAGAACCGCAGUCAAUCAAGCACUUCAGAGAGCCAAGCCUUGAUGACCGGAACGGAGAUGCAGACCUUCUCAGUUAAAGAGAUGAGAGAGGUAUCUGACAGUAUAGAAGCCUCCAUGGUUCUAGUAGGAGCUCUUGACUUCCUGGAGCGCCCUACAAUGGCAUUUAUGCGUCUGAAGGAGGCGGUGGUCCUGGACUCGGCUCUGGAAGCCCCUGUGCCUGUCCGAUUUGUUUUUGUCCUGGUGGGCCCAAAAAAGAGUGACAUGAACUACCAUGAGACCGGACGAGCUAUGGCAGCGCUAAUGGCUGACAAAGUGUUCAACCAAAGGGCGUUCCAGGCACAGAGUAACCAUGAGUUGACUGAGGCUGUAGCUGACUUCAUGGACUGCAGCAUCGUGAUUCCACCUACAGAAAUCCGAGACGAAGCAAUGCUCUCCUCGAUCAUCAGCUUUCAGAAGAAGCUGCUGCAGGACAGACUCCGUCCCUCGGAGCCAACCCUUCGUCUGGACAUCCAGCCUCGCAGACUAUCUAAACGAUUUGUGACGCCGUCUGAGGAUCCUCUUGCUCGUACUGGUCAGCCUUUUGGUGGAAUGAUACGAGAUGUGAAACGACGCUACCAGUAUUACAUGAGUGACAUAACAGAUGCACUCAAUGCCCAAGUCCUUGCUGCUGUCAUUUUCAUCUACUUUGCUGCCCUGUCCCCUGCCAUCACCUUUGGGGGACUGCUUGCUGAUAAGGUGGACAACAUGAUGGGGGUCUCAGAGCUCCUAAUUUCUACCAGCAUCCAGGGAAUCAUCUUCUGCUUUGUAGCUGCCCAGCCUGUCUUGGUCAUUGGCUUCUCUGGUCCACUGCUUGUUUUUGAGGAAGCAUUCUUUGCUUUUUGUAAAUCACAGGAAAUAGAGUACAUUGUGGGGCGCGUUUGGGUAGGUGUGUGGCUGGUGAUCAUUGUGACAAUAAUCGUAGCCUUUGAAGGCAGCUUUCUGGUCCGCUUUAUCUCACGCUUCACCCAAGAGAUCUUCUCCAUCCUCAUCUCCCUCAUCUUUAUCUAUGAGACCUUCGCCAAGCUGGGCAGGACAUUCAAUACCCACCCACUGAUCCUGAACUAUGAUCAUCUAAAUAAAACAAUUGAAAACCCCUGGCACCCUGUGGUCAUCCAUGACCACAUCUUUGACAACAGUACAGGGAACACUACGACUAUUACCAACAUCAUCAACCGAGCCUACCCCAACACCGCUCUCCUCUCCAUGUGCCUCAUGUUAGGUUGCUUCUUCAUUGCCUUUUUUCUGAGACAGUUCAAGAAUGGAACCUUCUUGCCUGGAAAGGUCCGUCGCUUGAUUGGUGACUUUGGUGUCCCCAUUGCCAUUUUCCUCAUGAUCGUUGUGGAUAUAAAUAUAGAGGACACCUACACUCAGAAACUAGUGGUGCCCAAAGGCCUGAUGGUGUCUAAUCCACAAAUGAGAGGAUGGCUUAUCAAUCCUUUUGGGGAGCACAAGCCUUUCCCUGUGUGGGUUAUGUUUGCUUGUGUUGUCCCUGCCUUGCUAGUCUUCAUCCUCAUUUUCCUUGAAUCACAGAUCACCACGCUGAUUGUGAGUAAACCAGAGAGGAAGAUGGUUAAGGGGUCUGGCUUUCACUUCGACCUGCUCCUCCUGGUGGGCAUGGGAGGGUGCAGCGCAAUACUUGGAGUGCCAUGGCUGAGUGCAGCCACAGUACGUUCUGUCACCCAUGCCAACGCCCUAACCAUCAUGAGCAAAGGGCCAAAGCCUGAGAUCGAGAAGGUGUUGGAGCAAAGAAUCAGUGGGAUUUUGGUGGCCCUGCUUGUUGGGCUUUCAAUCCUCAUGGAGCCUAUUCUCAAGAUGAUACCCAUGGCAGCUCUUUUUGGGAUCUUCCUUUACAUGGGAAUCACUUCUCUCAACGGCAUCCAGCUGUGGGAUCGCAUUCUACUUCUGUUUGUUCCCAAGAAGUAUCAUCCCAACGAGCCCUAUGCCACAAGGGUUAGCACUAGCAGGAUGAACUUGUUCACCAUAAUCCAGAUGGUGUGUUUGGCGGCCCUCUGGAUCAUUAAAUCCAGCCCAGCCUCCCUUGGCCUGCCAUUUGUCCUUAUACUCACCAUCCCCCUACGCAUGUUCAUGACUGGACGCCUAUUCACUGAAUUGGAGAUGAAAUGUCUGGACGCUGAUGAUGCCAAAGUUACUUUUGAAGAAGAACCAGGACAGGAUGUAUACAACGAAUCACAGAUGCCAUUAUAGAAAUGUUCAACCGGUACAGGAUAUGUUGAACAAAUCACAGUUGUCAUUAUAGAAAUGUUAAACCUUCAACUUAACUAGAACACAAAUGUGUGUUUUUGAACUGAACAAUAUAUUUUUAUUGGUUUUGAAAAUGCUUUGCUCGAAUGAUGCAUCUUUGACAUCACCCCCCUGUUGAUAAAACUGACAAAAUAUACAUAAUUUCCAUUUUCAUUGUUGAAUUCAUCUGCUAUAAAAGUAUUUUCUUUAGAACUCCAAAAAGUACAUACAGGCAGCUAAUAGUCAAGAAAUAUUUCUGUUUAUAUAUUUGUUUGAUUUACAGUGCAUCAUGCAAAUGUUAAUGCAUCUCAAAAGAAACUGCCUUGUAAAAAUAUUCAGAUUCAAUUGAAUGUGUAAGACUAACAAUGUAUAGAUAUACAGAUGGGUGACAAAUUAAAGGAAAAAACACAGAAUGAAGUACCUUGAGCCAACAGAACAGGUUUAAUACACAAUGACACAGAUUCUACAAGUGUAUCUGGAACUACUGGAGGGUUGGGACCCAUUCUUCCAGAGGACCUCAUGUGAUGGUGGAGACAGCUGUCCAACACGUUGGUCCCAUUUAAUUGGCUUAAUAUCUGGUGACACGUAAUAUGAUUCACAUCACUUUCAUAAAUAUAACCAUUUAGUGACCAGCUUUUGCUCUCAGGAGGGGGGCAUUGUCAUCCUGGAAGACACCACUCCCAUCAGGAUAGGCAGUGGCCCUUCUUAAGGAGACAUUGUUGAGCAGUCGUUCUGAAUCUUCUUACUGAAUCCUCUCACCUACAUCUUUUCCUGUUGCCAUCACAAGUUAGGCAUAUCGAUUUAUAUACUCAGCAUUUUAAAUCAGUCUAUUAUUUCCUUUUCCUUCUUUUUUCAAUUGCUGGUAAAUGUGUGAAUAAUCCAUUAGGAUUGCUACUCAAUAUUUGUUGUACUCUCAAUAAAGGAAUUUUAAUUCUUA